AUGUCAGACCAAAAAGUAAUAAAGUACGAUGUUUUUGUUAACUUCAGGGGUGGUGACAUCCGCAGUGGAUUCCUUAGCCAUUUGAUUGAGACUUUUCGAACGAAUAACAUAAAAACCUUUGUAGAUUGUGCACUCGAGAGGGGACAUGAAAUAUGGAAAUCACUUAUUGAAGCAAUUGAAAGUUCAUCCAUUUCAUUGAUCAUAUUCUCACCAGAUUAUGCUUCUUCUUAUUGGUGUUUAGAAGAACUUGUGACAAUACAUGAAUGCAGAGAAAAAUUUAAACAGAUUGUAAUACCUGUUUUCUACCAAGUAGAACCCCGCAUUGUAAGACAUCAAUCGGAGAGUUACAAAGACUCUUUUGAUAGGCAUGGAAGAGAAGAUCAGAUCAAGGUUCAACGAUGGAGAAAAGCUUUGAAAGAUUCUGUUAGUUUAUCAGGAAUUUUGUCAUCCAAUUUUCCAAAUGAUGCCGAGCUGGUUAAAAGUAUUUUUAAAACUGUGGUGACGAGACUGGUUAAACUCUCUAUUCAGUCAAAAGGGCUUGUAGGAAUUGAAGAAAAAAUUGCAGAUGUAGAGCUGUUGAUACGCAAGGACCCAAAGGACACCAGUUUCAUUGGAAUUUGGGGUAUGGCUGGUAUUGGCAAGACAACCCUUGCGGAACAAGUAUUUAAUAAACUACGUUCUGAAUAUGAAGGUUGUUACUUUUUAGCCAAUGAAAAAGAACAAUCACACAGUCAUGGAAUAAUUUCUUUGAAAAAUGAAACUUUUUCUGCACUAUUAGGACAUGCUGUGAAAAUUGACACACCAACUUCGUUGCCUCAAGAGAUUCUAAGGAGAAUUAGUUCUAUGAAGGUUCUUAUUGUUCUUGAUGAUGUGAAUGAUUUAGAUCACACAGAGAAAUUACUAGGAACUCUUGAUAAUUUUGGAUCGGGUACAAGAAUAAUUGUAACAACUAGAGAUAAGCAAGUGCUGAAGGCCAACAAAGUCGAUAAGAUCUACCAGCUCAAGGAAUUCAGUUCAAAGGAUGCUCUUGAACUUUUCAAUCUGAUUGCCUUUGACCAAAGCGAUCAUCAGAUGGAGUUCAAUGAGCUAUCACAGAGGGUGGUCGAUUACGCUCAUGGCAUUCCAUUACUUGUUAAAGUUUUAGCUCGUCUUCUUUGUGGAAGAAACAAGGAAGUAUGGGAAAGUCAGUUACACAAGCUUAAGAAAAUGUCUCUUACAGAAGUUUAUGAUGUCAUGAAACUGAGUUAUAAUGGUCUAGAUCGCAAAGAGAAACAAAUCUUUUUAGACCUGGCAUGUUUCUUUCUUAGAUCCCGUGUAAGGGUAAAUAGUGCUGAUCUGAAGUAUUUACUGAAAGAUGAUGAAAGUGAUGAUACAAUAGUUGUAGGGUUAGAAAGGCUGAAAGAUAAAGCUCUUAUAACUUCUUUUGACGAUAACUCUAUCUCUAUGCAUGAUGCUUUACAAGAAAUGGCUUGGGAGAUUGUUCAUCAAGAAUCUAGCAAAUCUGGAAGCAGCAAUUGGUUGUUGGAUCCAAAUGGUGACGUUUAUCAAACAUUGAAAAAUGACAAGGGUCUUGGUGGCAUUAGAAGCUUACGAAUCCACUUGCCAACAACUGGGAAGAAAAAACUAAUCCCUGGCAUAUUUGCUGAGAUGAGCAGACUACAGUUUCUAGAAAUUUCUGUGGAAAAUAGUGAUGAUUUGUUUGAUCAAGUUUAUGCCCUUGCUAAAGAGCUUCAAUUUUUGGAAACUGAACUUAGAUUUCUUUGUUGGUUGAAUUAUCCACUAAAGUCCUUGCCAGAGAAUUUUUGUACUGAUAAACUUGUAAUAUUGAAGUUACAAUACGGGAGAAUGGAAAAACUUUGGGACGGACUAAAGAAUUUGGUGAAUUUGAAAGAGCUUGACCUUAUGCACUCCAAGAAAUUAAAAAAGCUGCCAGAUUUAUCACAGGCAACAAAUCUUGAAGAACUGGUCCUCUUGGGUUGUUCUAUGUUGACUAGUAUGGAUUCCUCUAUUUUCUCUCUGCCCAAACUCGAAAGUAUUGACCUUUCGGGCUGCAAAUCUCUAACCCUACUCACAAGCAAUUCCCAAUUUUGCAACUUCAGUUAUCUGAAUCUUGAUUUUUGCAAGAAUCUAAGGGAGUUUUCACUGAUAUCACAGAAUAUGAAAGAACUGAGAUUAGGAUUUACAAAGGUCAAAGUACUUCCUUCAUCAUUUGAAUGCCACAGCAAGCUUAAAUCGCUGCAUCUAACAAGAAGUGACAUUGAGAUGUUACCUUCUUCCUUCAACAAUCUGACUCAACUGCAACAUCUAGACAUAAACAAUUGCAACAAGCUUCAAACAAUACCAGAGCUUCCUCCGUCCCUUAAAACUCUAGAAGUCAGCAAAUGCAAAUCUCUUCAGAAUCUGCGAAACCUUCCAUCGUCUCUUAAAACUUUAAAUGCCAUUGAAUGCAAAUCAUUGAAGACUGUAUCGUUUCCUUCAACAGCUGAUGAACAAUUAACGGAAAACAAGAAACGGGUUUUGUUCUGGAAUUGCAGGAACUUGGAUGAAAGUUCUGCAGAGGCUAUUGGGUUGAAUGCAGAGAUAAAUCUCAUGGAACUUGCAAACCAGCCUCUCCCUACACCAAGUCAAGAACAUCAAUUUUACAAUGAUUAUGAGUAUAAUUAUCAUUCUUAUCAAGGUAUUUACGUGUACCCAGGAAGCAGUGUUCCAGCAUGGUUCAAGCACACGGAAGCAAAUGGUGAUAUAAUAAUCGAUCUCUCUUCUGCUUCACCUUUCGAAUUAUUUGGAUUCAUUUUUUGCUUCGUCCUUAAUAAGUUCCAUGACACAGAUAUCAUUGGCAGACUUGAAUUUAACAUCACUAUAAGCGAUGUUGAUGAUGUUGAUGAAGGGAAAAUGGGCAGUGUCAAAAUCUACAUAGAUUGUUAUUCAGAUUGGUCAAUUGCACCAUAUCACGUGUGUGUGAUGUUCGACCAAAGAUGUUCUUCCACCUUAAAUAACAUAGCCAGAAAACAAAAGAGAUUUAAAAUCAAUGUUUCAGUAGGGGCACGAAUCGAGUUUUAUGAUAAUUAUCAUGAAUUGCCACAGGAGGUAUUGAAAGGAUUUGGAGUCAGCCCAAUAAGCAUCUCAGCAUAUAACAUUCAGCAAAUUGAAUUGUGAGAAUCUGUCUCAAUUUCAUUAAACAAAUGGAACUGGGUUCUGCUUCAUAUUUUUCCAGGUAUUUAGAAUGUUGAUCACUUCGUGUUGUAAGAACAUUAAUGUUGUAAGAUACGGAGGAUUUUGGUGGUUUUGCAACUCAAAAGUCACAGAAUGAGUAUGAUGAGACUAUGAUGAUGAUCAAAUGGUCAAAUUUAUCUUACUCUUACAUGGACAUUUGAAUUUCUCAUUUGUAUCAGCAUGACAUUCUAAUGG